GUCACAAAAUUCUGUCUCUCUCUCUCUCUAGCACUAUUCUCACAUUUAUUUGGUUCGUACAUCUUAUCGUUGUCUAUCUGCUUCGACUGUUCGGUUACAGACUGUGUCACGUGACCGUAGAGAUGUCUGGUCUCUAUCAGAACUGCAGAAACCUGUCAAGCAGCUGGUCUAAACCUGUCUGCGCCAUUGGAAACAUUAGUGGCUACUGCAGCGCAGCACUAUGGUUCAUGGUCCUCGUUCCCCAAGUUAUUAAGAACUUCCGCCUCAGAUCUGUGGUUGGUCUCAGCUUUCUGUGGGCUGCAGCAAACUUCACAGCAUCUCUCAUCAACCUCUUCUUCGUCUUUACAAAUAGCCUACCUUUCUACGUCAAGGUGGAAGGGAUCUAUCAACCCUGUUUGGAAUUUACCAUUCUGUUUCAGUUUUUUGUCUUUUCCAAGACUAGAGUUGAUCGACGCCUUUUGGCACUGUUGGUGUGUCUGCUUGUGUGGAGUGCGAUUAUUAUGAUUCAGUUGACUGUGGAUGGAGCAGCAAACAAUAUGUUUUGGGGAGCUGUCGUGUUGUGGUCUGUCGAGACAUUUCCACAAGUGAUACUCAACAUGAAGAGGAGAUCGACUAGUGGCCAGUCCACUGUCUCAGUUGGUAUUGCUUUGACUGGAAAGGUUACCGACUUUGUGGGAACUUACUCUCUUUCAAUGCCAUUACCUUUCGUCAUUAUGGCAUAUUUCUCUAGCUCGUCAGCCUAUGUCAAUGGAUUUCAAGUGUUUUGGUAUGGUAUCAAAAAAGCAAAACGACAAAACACAAACAGUAGCAAGGAAAUUAAAAAACUUCUGUCAUAUCUGUGUCCUCGAUUUAUUUCAACAGAGACGAAACGCACUCAUGAACAAGAAAAUCUGAUCGAUAAUGAAACCAUUAAUCCAACUGAACUGAACAAUGAAGUGUUAACGGAUGAUGAGAAUACCAAUGAUUGUGGAAACUCGGAACCACAGGAGGAAGCAACUCUGCCUCUAACACGAUGGAGACUAGUUGGAUUGCUGUACUGCUCCUUAAUUCUUGUCGCGUUUACGAUUGGACUCGUAUGGAAUAUUGGAGCUUGGUGGGCUGCUUGGGGUCCAGUACUUGUACUACUGGUAUUAAUUGUGGCAUACCUUCAUCGAAGUUACAAAGAGGGAAAGCUACGUCGUUUGUUUAUACGAAACUAAUGAACCAUUGUGUAAGACGUUAUAUUGAAGUACUUUUUGUGGAUUUGCUGAUUGAUUGUGAUAUAUCCUGAUUGUUUUAUUAAGAAUAAUCUGGUGUUUCAUCUUUCCAGAUGCCUUAAUGUAUUCUGGAAGUCGAUCUUUCCAUUACCGAAUCCCAGUUUUAAUACAUGAUAAUACCU